AUGGGAAGUGAUUUUACAAUAAAGAAAGGCUCUCUGCUUAAUUUUAGGAUAAGCAUUUUAUCAGGAAAUCUUCCUACAAAUGGGAUGACUGAUUAAGGCAACAAUUCUUUUUUAGCAAAUAAUUGGGGAUUACAAUAAUAACAAAAAGAAUGA